GCUGCUGGACGGACCGAGCAGCGUAAGAGGCAAAGGAAGGAGGGUUAGGAAAGGCGGCGGCAAGUGAAAGUCCACCGCAACCGCCGCCCGGCCAAAGCACCGAACUGGGUCAGCGUCGUCAGGCUGUGUGUGUGUGCCGCUGCCGCCGUUGCAGCGCUCGCCUCCCGCGCCGCGCUCCGUGUUUCGCCGAGCCGUGCUCCGCCAAGACGACCAGAUCGGCCGCGCACGCUACCGACGCUGCGCCGUCCGCGUAGCGAAGCACGUCGCGCACACGCACACACACCGCGCGCCGCCGCCGUCGCCCGACGCAGCCGAGGAGAUAGCGAGUGCGCCGAGUUCGCUCGGAGAAAAGCGACCCACGACCUCGUGCCAGCGGGAACUCCGGCAGAGUUUGUGCGCCGCCCGACGACAGCGACGAGAGCGGCUCGGUGGUUCUCGGCGCAGCAGCGAUGGGUGCGCAUCGCAGCAGUGCCCGCUGGAUAAUAUGAGUGGCCCGAGCGGAUUGCACGACUCGCACGAAGCCGCCGUCGGCAGCAGCACGGAGAGCGGCCCGAGGCCGCCGCCACUGGGAGCAGCCGGACCGCCGCCGCCCAUCGCGCGGUGCACGGGGGAGUCCGGUCCACGAUGACCCACGCUACCCUGGCGGCGAUGCUGCUGCUUCUGGCUGCUACCUGGCAAUGCGACGGCGCUCAGCGGGUGCACGAGCGGCUGUCCGACUCCGAGAUCCGGCGCGUGUUCCGCGGGGCGUCCCGGGACGAGGUGCCCCAGUACGAGCUCGUGCAGCUCCGCGCCCGGAGGCACCAGCGCUCCGAGCGCGAAGUGGGCGGCGGCGGCGACCGCAGGGCCGUGUCCCUGCGGGCUUUCGGACGCCGCUUCGACCUGCGGCUCAAGCGGAACCGGGACUUCGAGCAGCGCGCCGCCAGGCUCCAGGUGCUGGCGGCAGAGAGCACGCCCAACGGACUCGCCUACACGCCACUCAAGGGCAAGGAUGAAGAGGUGCCCGAUGAUCUCUGGUCCAAAGCAGGCGCUUACCAGGACCACACCAACAUGGCCGCCCUCGUCCUGAGCCAAGACAAGCUGGGACGCCUUCGCAUGGAAGGGACACUCGGAGAAGACCUGGUCAUUUCUCCUCUUCCGACGCGGCUCAACGUGAGCACGGACGAGACCUACUAUGACGUCAGGGGCAGCGCCGACGACGAGGGCUUCCUGGACGAGGACGACGGCUCGCCCAGGCACGUGGUCUUCAAACGACCCGGCAGCAAGGGGUCGUCGUCGACUUCUGGCAAUGGAGACGACGGCAAGGGUGACUCACUCAGCGAUUACGCGCAGUUAGACGACGCGAUCUUCAGGUACAGGAUCGUGAGAAACAGGAACACAACGGCACCGUUGGGUCGCAAGUCUCGGCGACGGCGGGCCUCCGACCCGGACACGGUGUGGCCAGAGAUCCUGCUGAUCGUCGACUACGACACGUACCUCCUGCACGGCCGCAGCCACACGGACAUCAAGCGCUACCUGGUCAGCUUCUGGAAUGGCGUCGACUUGCGGUAUCGGCUGCUCUCCAGUCCGCGGGUGAAGAUCAGCCUGGCGGGCAUGAUUGUGGCCAAGGACCGCGACGCAACGCCCUACCUGGAGCGAAAUCGGCUCAGGGCGCCCAACGAGGACGCUAUAGACGUUGCCGGAGCGCUGACCGACAUGGGAAAAUAUCUGUAUCGCGAGGACCGACUGCCUACCUACGACCUGGCAGUGGUGGUCACCAAGCUGGACAUGUGCCGCCGGCAUCUGGAGGGUGGCCGCUGCAACCGUGGUACAGCAGGGUUCGCGUACGUCGGUGGCGCCUGCGUGGUCAACAAGCGGCUGGAGAAGGUCAACAGCGUGGCCAUCAUCGAAGACAGCGGAGGUUUCUCGGGCAUCAUCGUGGCUGCUCACGAGGUCGGACACUUGCUGGGAUGCGUCCACGACGGGUCGCCGGCGCCUGGAUACCUCGGAGGUCCCGGCGCCCAGCGGUGUCCCUGGGAGGACGGCUUCAUCAUGAGCGACCUGCGGCACACGGAGCGGGGCUUCCGCUGGUCUUCGUGCAGCGUGCAGCAGUUCCGUCACUUCCUGUUGGGCGAGACGGCCACCUGCCUCUACAACUACCCGCACGAGAACCAGCUGCUCGCACGCAUGCUGCCGGGGUCCAUGCUCAGCCUCGACGACCAGUGCCGCAGAGAUCGGGGAACCACCGCCUGCUUCAAGGACUCCCGUGUGUGCGCCCAGCUGUUUUGCUACGAUAGCUCGUCGGGAUACUGCGUUUCGUAUCGACCAGCUGCCGAGGGUUCACCAUGCGGAGACGGUCAAACGUGCAAGAACGGCCGCUGCAUCGCCGAGAUCGAAAACAUCAUCCCGGACUACACGCACGUGACGCCGUCGUUCGCCAGCGGCCGCUCGGUGGCGCGAGGCGGCACCGACGUGGCCCGACGCCGGGCCGACUUCUCGUCCGAGGUGGUGGACGGACCGCGGCCGCACCUGAUGCCGGCGCCGCCCCCGCCCCCGCCGCCGUCGCACCACUCGGCCGUGAGCCGAGCCCGGCACCCGCAGCACCUGAGGCCCGCCCACCAACAGCGCACCACGAGAAAACCGCGCGCCCUGGUGGCCAACGACAAAGGUUGCGUGGGAGACAGCACGGAGCUGAUCGCCGGCCGCAUGACGUGCGCCCAGUUCCUGGAGCAGUUCGGCAACCGCUACUGCAACCACGGCUACAUCCAGAGGCACUGCUGUUACUCGCAGAGCCUUUACUGCUCCUAGACAGCCUGUGAUGUGACGCGCACCCAAGGCGAACGUACCUCAGCCACCAAAAGAAAAAAAAGAAAACGAAGUGCACUGGCUUUCCUUCUCGGAACCGGAGAAGGCAGCCCUGCUUGUUGCCAGGGGAGAGGACCACUUCGUCCUCCACGAGCCGUUAUGUGCGCAGACCAGUGGCCGUGCAGAAAAGGCCCACAGUCAGAAGCUGGUAGCGUUCUGAGGCUCCGAUGGAGUCCUCCUGUUUUUUUGUUGUUUUUAUACUUGUUUUACGGACGUUGUUGAACUGCUCGAACAGCCUCGUAUCGGGGAAGAGUGUUGAACGCAGCUCGCAAGGACUUUCAACGGUGGACCUCUGACGCAAGAGGUGGUAGUUUGAGCCCAUCGACAAGCGCGUCGGAGUUUGCGCAGUACGUCGACGUGCACGGUACCGGUGGAUAUACGUUGGCAGAUGUUACGAAGGACGGUGUUAUAGUGUAGUAACGUUGGUGGUGUCGGCGCUUAGAAAUGUUCACAGCCCACAAGGCGGCGGCGGGGGAAACGAAGAUGAUCGAAUGCACCAAACACACACAGCUGCGGAAUCGUGUGCCAAUAGCGUGGAACGACUGAGUGGGCCUGGCCUUGCUUGCUGUGAACAUGUCUGACGCCUGGAUAGGUACGCAACUUGACGACAACCUGACGCGAGAAGCAGGCAUAUGCUCUCCGCCAGUUGUCUGCAUUACGUCGUUCGUAGGCAAGCUGCUUUCCACGAGGGACAAGGCUACAAGUUCUGUCGAGUUUUGUCUUUCAAGUGGGAAAAAAUGGGAUCAGCAUACGAGCUCGUCCUUUCGGCUAGCCAGGAAUGUCUUGCUUUAAUCUCACGGAGUUAAUAGCAAAAGACAGGAAGGCACAAAUAUAUUCUUGUUAUUUUGUUAUCUUGUGCUCUUGGCUGCUACACAGUCGUCAUUUCAUUAGUGUUGGCUCUUCAUCUGUGUUUCCGCGACGGUAAUUACUAAGCUUUCACACGUGCUUCUGAAUGCUGAGGCAAACAUCAAAAUGGCGUAAGGAUGCGGUAGCAUCAGAAAAUGUAGAAAACAGAAUUUUUUCCUUCAUUCCAUUAGACAUUGCUGACCUUUUUCUCUAUUUUCUUUUGUUAUGCAUGAAGAAAGAUCCACUGUUAAAGGCAUAGCUCACCUCACCGCAUGUCUUUCCGUACUUGAGACACGCCCAUUUAAGGAAACUUCAAGGUGAUAAUGUUGGAAGGUAUAGUUCGUUUCAAGGUCCCAACACGCUCCGGACUUCUUUGAUUUGUCCUCAGCACUAGAAAAGGUCCUUAACUGAGUUCUCCCGCGGCCUCACUAUGCACACUGAAGUUUUCACAUAACGACAGGUUCUUAGGCGGCAUCAUUAAGUAAGACGGGUAGACCGCCUGUGACGUAAAAAAAAAAAAAGAUAAUUCUCUUUCUAAGCGCGCUUCAUGCAGCAUUCCAUAUUUAAUAUCUGUCGAAUGAAAACUAUGUUUACUCUGAAAGAAAGAAAUCUAUAUUGUGUGCAGGCCGCCUUUUGCUUGUAGGCCGCACAUCUCGACUCGCUUCAGUAGAGAAGUGAUGUUUAAUGAAAUGCGCCAUUGGCCAUUCCAAGCCAUGCAGCUCUGACUUUGUUUCGCAUAGCCUCAACGUCGAAUGCUGCUUAAGUCGUCUCAAUGCAAAAGCGGCGCAAGGACACACAUAAAAAACGUCACGUUUGGAACGACUGAAACCACUGCGCCAUAACGCAACGCAACAUUCAAGUCGUAGUGACUCACUUCUACUUUUCACAGUGAAACCGCUGAAUCGGUGCCCACGUGUUCAUUCCCUCUGUGAACAGUGCGCGCAGGAAUCACGUCUGCACUCCACCGGCGAGCGAAGGAGCGGCGACAGAUGGCGCUCCGUAUUCAAAAGACGGAACGACGCGUUCGUCGGUGCAUAUUCUGCUUCGCCAAAGCGAUGGGACGACUCCGAGGAGCCCGCGUGACUCGCUGCUGGCGCAUGCGCGUGCACGCGCCAGCGUCACUUCCGGCCAACAGUGGUGAUCUACGAACUGCGACAACGAGACGGGAUGGUGCGCGUUCAGUGAUAUUGUACAUACCUUCUGUGCAGCGAAACAGCCAGAUCUAACGUUCGAAGAGCGGCCUUUUUUAAUACAUCGCCACCUAGAUAACAGAAGGCCUCUGUCAACACCUCCAUAUGUCGCACUUCGUGAGCUAUCACCUAUGGUAUGUCAUUGUCUUUGUACUUGUUUUCUUUCUUCUAAUCAUUCAAACUCACGAAAAUUUCAUUUAUUUAGUCGGUUGCGUCUGGCCUUAGACAAAAGUGAUUAGGUGAGCCAGCAGAGUGUUCAAGUGUAUUUUUCUCCCUCCGUUAUCUAAGUGGCGUUGUUCUGUAAGGAUUCUCGGUAGACGUCGAAUGCGCGAUCAGGGGCGAUGACACCUUACGCGCACAUUGCUUCUCAGAAAUAGUGACCAUUUUCUCUUCCCUGUAGAUGACACUUAUCCGACGCCGCUGUUUACAAUCCUGAUCUUGGUCAUUGUGAACGUUUUUGCGGCGUUUACCCAAAAUUGGCGUUAACCGGAAAUAUUGUUACAUGGAACGGUACUGGUACGUAGCGAAACAUUGUAAAAUUCAAACCGCUUUCUAUAAGCGCGCCUGUCGUCUCAAGGUAUUUAUCUAGCCCUAACGUCAACAGGCUGCCAGAGCACCUACAAGUGCAGCUGCUCUUUUAAGUAUGAUGAAUGUUUAAUUUCCACGCCUAGACUACAUGCGUUACUGUUUUCAAGAAAAGGAGCGUGACUGUGGGCGCACGUCGAGGCGUCGCAUUUACUCGAGCCUUCCUCAAGAUUCAAAUAUUCCGAGAGCGAAUACUUAUUCUACUGCCGUUAAGCCAGAAGAAAGCUUGGAACUUGCUGCAAACGCGCUAUCAAGUUUCUAUUUAUUUGCGCUCAAUGCAGACAACUUUUUCCGAUGUAAUCAAGAAAACUGAGUGUACUCCUCAUACCAGGAUAUACAGGAAUUGCGCUCCUUAGGUAACUGCCGCCACCCGACUGCACAUCUACUGAGUCGUCUACCGAGAAACCUUAGCCAAAGUGCAGUGCGCUAUGUCGUCACCCUGACGUCACUGCACACGUACGAGCACAGGGUGGCGGAUUAUGUCCCGCAAUAAAAAAAAGAAGAAGAAGAAUCUUUGGGGACAAACUCCGCGGCCCGUGGUGCUUUGAGGCAGCCGCGAAGAAGCGUGGUGUCCACGCGCCUAUCGCGCCUAGCCCCCUUGAGGCAUGUUUUCUGUCUGUUAAGCUUCUGUUCCCUCUCACGGAAGAGUAUUUAUAAACCAUUACCAAAAGACGCGAGAAAAAAAAUUUUAAAAAACACGAAAAAGAAGAAUAAAAACUUGUUUUUUUUCUGUUUUA